AUGGAUGAUCCUCCUCAGAUUGAAGUUGCUACUAAAGAAGAUGUUCCUGAUUACACAAAUGUUUCAGAUGAUCUUCCUCCAACAUCUGUUACUAAAUCUUCUUCCUCAAAACCAUGUUUUGAUUUUAGUCUCUCCUCAUGUUCCAAGGAAUCUGUAGAAGAAGAAAAUCAUGAAGGAAACAAGCUCUCCUCUACUCCUCCUGAAGCCACCUUGGAAGGAGAUCAAGGAAACCAAACUCAAUGUGAUCUAAUCGAUGAUUCCAAUCCUAAAGAAUUAAAUAAUGAUGAAGAUAAUCAUCACAAGAAGUUUAAGAGUUCUGCUUCAGAUAUCACAAGUCUUGAUUCAAAAAUUGAACUUGUCCUCAAGUCUCUUUCUGAUAUCAAAGUUAUUGCUCCCUCUGAACUUAACAGAGCCAAUCAAUUAUACCAGCUUAUCUCUUUUCUCCUGAAGAACACUCUAGAAGAAGUCGGGGAACAUUACAAGGACAAGUUGGAUCAUAUCCUCUCUACUAUCAACACAAUUCUCAAGAUCCAUGAAAAAAUGAUCUCUGCUAGCAACGAACUUAUUAAGCUAACUCAUGUUCAUCAUGAGAAGAAAAUUCAAUGGUUGGAAAAAAGAAAUUCAAAAAUAUGCCAUGAACAUGGUCACGCAAGAGGUGCUCAUCAAAAUCAUCCAUUCAACUCACCAUAUUGGGGAUGUUUCGAACCACAAAUUCAAUGA